AACAUCAGAGUUAUGAUCUGCCAUUAAUAACCUAAACACAAAGCAAGGUUAGGUAAAUGAUAUGGACCCGUUAUAUGAAUAAUCAUACAAUACAUAACAACGUAAGAUCCAGUUUCCCUCUUCGAACAUCCAUCUCCUUUCAGACAAAAAAAAAAACACAUAAUCAGAAAACAAAGACAUAAUAAAUAAAGAAACAGAGGAGAAACAGAGAGAUCAUGCAGUUGCAUAUAUCUCCGAGCUUGAGACAUGUGACUGUGGUCACAGGGAAAGGAUUGAGAGAGUUCAUAAAAGUGAAAGUUGGUUCUAGAAGAUUUUCUUAUCAAAUGAUGUUUUAUUCUCUACUCUUCUUCACUUUUCUUCUCCGAUUCGUCUUUGUUCUCUCCACCGUUGAUACUAUCGACGGCGAUCCCUCUCCUUGCUCCUCUCUUGCUUGCUUGGGGAAGAGACUAAAGCCACAACUUUUAGGAAGAAGGGUUGAUUCUGGUAAUGUUCCUGAAGCUAUGUAUCAAGUUUUAGAACAGCCUUUAAGCGAACAAGAACUCAAAGGAAGAUCAGAUAUACCUCAAACACUUCAAGAUUUCAUGUCUGAAGUCAAAAGAAGUAAAUCAGACGCAAGAGAAUUUGCUCAAAAGCUAAAAGAAAUGGUGACAUUGAUGGAACAGAGAACAAGAACGGCUAAGAUACAAGAGUAUUUAUAUCGACACGUCGCAUCAAGCAGCAUACCGAAACAACUUCACUGUUUAGCUCUUAAACUAGCCAACGAACAUUCGAUAAACGCAGCUGCGCGUCUCCAGCUUCCAGAAGCUGAACUAGUCCCAAUGUUAGUAGACAACAACUACUAUCACUUUGUAUUGGCAUCAGACAAUAUUCUUGCAGCUUCGGUCGUGGCUAAGUCAUUGGUUCAAAACGCUUUAAGACCUCAUAAGAUCGUUCUUCACAUCAUAACGGAUAGGAAAACUUAUUUCCCAAUGCAAGCUUGGUUCUCAUUGCAUCCUCUGUCUCCAGCAAUAAUUGAGGUCAAGGCUUUGCAUCAUUUCGAUUGGUUAUCGAAAGGGAAAGUUCCCGUUUUGGAAGCUAUGGAGAAAGAUCAGAGAGUGAGGUCUCAAUUCAGAGGCGGAUCAUCGGUUAUUGUGGCUAAUAACAAAGAGAAUCCAGUUGUUGUUGCUGCUAAGUUACAAGCUCUUAGCCCUAAAUACAACUCCUUGAUGAAUCACAUCCGUAUUCAUCUACCAGAGUUGUUCCCGAGCCUAAACAAGGUUGUGUUUCUAGACGAUGACAUUGUGAUCCAAACUGAUCUUACACCUCUUUGGGACAUUGACAUGAAUGGGAAAGUAAAUGGUGCAGUAGAGACAUGUCGAGGAGAAGACAAGUUUGUGAUGUCAAAGAAGUUCAAGAGUUACCUCAACUUCUCAAACCCAACAAUUGCCAGAAACUUCGAUCCAGAGGAAUGUGCUUGGGCUUAUGGAAUGAAUGUUUUCGACCUAGCGGCUUGGAGGAGGACUAACAUAAGCUCCACUUACUAUCAUUGGCUUGACGAGAACUUAAAAUCAGACCUGAGUUUGUGGCAACUGGGAACUUUGCCUCCUGGGUUGAUAGCUUUCCACGGCCAUGUCCAAACCAUAGAUCCGUUCUGGCAUAUGCUUGGUCUCGGAUACCAAGAGACCACGAGCUAUGCUGAUGCUGAAAGCGCCGCCGUUGUUCAUUUCAAUGGAAGAGCUAAGCCGUGGCUGGAUAUAGCAUUUCCUCAUCUACGUCCUCUUUGGGCCAAGUAUCUUGAUUCCUCUGACAGGUUCAUCAAGAGCUGUCACAUUAGAGCAUCAUGAUAAUCACAAACCAAAACCCAAUUUCUACAUUGGCACCCAGAGAGGAGAUUCACAGAUCAAAAUAUAGGAUCAAACUUUUCUGCAAUGGAGUUUCACUUCUCUACCGGAUCAUGUUUUGCGGUUUCUUCAGUCUCUCAUGUUUCUAAUUUUUUUGUACUUUCAAACUCUUAUGGCGAGAAAGUAACCCCAUUCUAUGUAUUAAUGUACGAACACAUAAAGUGAGAGACGAUCUGCCAAACUCUACUUAAAUUUACAUGUGAAUAGAUAACAUUGCGCGAA